UAGGCUGCUGCUGUUAUAAUGUGUGACUGAAGUUCAUUAUAUACGCAUUUUGUUUAAAAACCAAGCGUUUACGUGUAUACUAUUCAUUUUCACGAAUAUACAUUUAUAUAAAUACAUAUUUUGAUAGAGCAAGAUGAGUGAUCAUAAUGCAUUAAUUAAUCAAUUUGUAAACAUGACGGAUGUGCCAGAGGAUCAGGCUCAAUUCUAUUUAGAGAUGAGUAAUUGGGAUUUACAGUUGGCUGUUAGCCAAUUCUUCGACAAUAAUGGUUCAGAAGUACCAGCUCCUACUAAUUCAUCUGGUCCAUACGUAGAAAGUUCUAUUUCUUCUGGUGCUUCUACACCUACAAAGACAAAAACAACAAGCUCUAAUUCAUCAAAGAUUCGAACUUUAAGUGAUCUUAACUCUUUAACUCAGAAUGACGAGGCAGACGAAAAUGAGCAUGAAAAUCUUUACGCAGGCGGUGAAAAAUCUGGCAUGGUUGUUCAAGGACCUAAUAAGCGCAGUGGUAAUAAUAGUAAUAAUAAUUUGGUUGAUGAAAUCUUAAAAAAGGCAGCAGAAGGUGGUGCUGCACCUGAAGAAUCUAUAAGAGCACCAAAGAAGCCUAGUUAUUACACUGGAACUGGGUACAGACUGGGUAGUGAAGAUGAACCUUCAACAGUAGUUGAACCCACUGUCCCUGCUGGAUCUAAUUUUGAAGAAGAACCUGAAUCUGUUACACGUCAUCUUACAUUCUGGCGUAACGGUUUUAGUGUUGAUGAUGGACCUCUAUAUGAAUACUCCAAUCCUGCUAAUCAAGAAAUGUUAACAGCUAUUAACAGCGGUCGUGCUCCUCUUUCACUACUUAAUGUGCGUCAUGGUCAACCUGUUGAGGUUCGAGUUGUUAAACGUCAAGAUGAAGAUUAUACACCUCCUCCUAAGGCGCCUCCAAAGCCUUUUCAAGGUGCUGGUAAUAGAUUAGGCAGUCCAGUUGCUUACUCUGCACCUAGCCCUGCACCUGGUGCUUUCCCUACUACUACUGCUACUACUACUACUAAUUCAAAUGCUGCAGCACCUACAGUGAAUGAAAGUCAGCCUACAACAAGUAUUCAAAUCCGUCUAGGAGAUGGAUCCAAGUUAGUUGCUAAAUUAAAUCAUACGCAUACAAUUGGUGAUAUUCGUCAAUUUAUCGAAGCAAACCAUUCUGCUUCAAGACCUUAUAUUUUACAAACAACUUUCCCAGUCAAGAUACUUUCUAAUGAUAAUCAAACUGUAAAAGAAGCAGGCUUAUUAAAUAGUGUUAUUGUUCAACGUUAUCAAUAAGCAGAAAAAAAAAAA